AAGCAAAAUCAUCUCCAAAGCCUUUGGUUAUUUCUUCCUUAUACAUUUCUUUCACUAAUCACAUGGCUUUUCGUUUGAGUCAUUUGAGCCUUGCCCUGAGUCUUUUGGCUCUUGCACUUGCAGGUGUUGCUAUUUAUAGAAAUACUUAUGAAGCCAUGAAUAAGGGAGUACUCCAAAAUCUUUCUCCAGAUUUUGGUUUGUUGGAAUCAGCAGCCAGCAUUUUAACCUUAAAUAAUAAUGCUGAGAGAAAAUCAGACAAGUUGAGUCAGCAAUCUCCAGAAGCAUGCGUUUUCUCAGCUGUGCAAGGAGUAGUGAACAGUGCUAUUGAUGCAGAAACGCGCAUGGGAGCAUCUCUCAUUCGUCUCCACUUCCAUGACUGCUUUGUUGACGGUUGUGAUGGAGGUAUUCUUCUAGAUGAUAUUCCUGGAUCAUUCACAGGGGAACAAAACUCACCACCCAACAACAACUCAGCCAGAGGUUAUGAAGUCAUAGCACAAGCUAAACAAAGAGUUAAAGAUACAUGCCCCAACACUUCUGUAUCUUGUGCUGACAUCUUAGCCAUUGCAGCUCGUGAUUCUGUUGCUAAACUAGGAGGACAAACCUAUAACGUCACACUAGGAAGAAGGGAUGCAAGAACAGCCAACUUCAAUGGUUCUACAAUUCAACUUCCAGCUCCAUUCGACAACCUAACAGUCCAAAUACAGAAAUUCGACGACAAAAAUUUCACUGUCCGUGAAAUGGUGGCGCUAGCCGGGGCCCACACCGUGGGUUUUGCCAGGUGUGCAACCGUGUGUGUCAGCGCCAAUGUUAACCCUGCUGCACAACUUCAAUGCAACUGCUCCGCCACGCUAACCGACUCCAAUUUGCAACAAUUGGAUACAACUCCAGCUGUGUUCGACAAAGUUUACUACGAUGACUUAAACAGGAACCAGGGGAUAAUGUUCUCGGAUCAAGUGUUGACCGGGAAUAGUACAACUGCUGCUAUUGUAACAACUUAUAGCAAUGAUGUUAACGUUUUCUUGGGAGAUUUUGCUGCUGCUAUGAUCAAGAUGGGGAACUUGCCUCCUUUGGCGGGUGCUCAAUUAGAAAUUCGUGAUGUUUGCAGCAGAGUCAAUCCAAGUUCUGUGGCUUCUAUGUGAAAUGGAAAAACUUGAAACAGGGAAAAAGGAACUGAAUUACUCGCUGUUAGUUGCUUGAUGUUGUUUUUCAUAAUAAAAAGAACUACUGGUUGUACUA